AACCGAUCUGCUUUCCUGAAGUAUUCCCAAUGUACUUGCUACAAAAUAAUGUCUCGCUUCCUGGGAUGUAGUAGCCAGAAGACGUUUCUCCUCUAGAAGUAUCGUUUUCAUUCACAGAUUAGUUAAUUGAAGGUGCAAAAGUCCCAAACCGGUUCAGAUGUUGCUGCUUCCUCAAGCUGCAGGUCUAUGGAAAUGCAGGAUCUAGCCAGCCCACAUAGCCGACUAAGUGGUAGUAGUGAAUCUCCCAGUGGUCCAAAACUUGAUAACUCCCAUAUAAAUAACAACUCCAUGACACCCAAUGGCACAGAAGGUGACAUGACCCUCCUCAGCACUGCAGACUGGUUGCUAAGCCCUAGCACACAGAGCCCCGCAGUUAAAACAGAACCAAUGAGCAGCAGUGAGAUUGCUACUACCACUACCACAGACGGGUCUUUAGACAAUUUCUCAGGAUCAGCAAUUGGAAGCAGUGGUUUCAGCCCAAGACAAACACACCAGUUCUCCCCACCACAGAUUUACCCUUCCAACAGACCAUACCCACAUAUUCUUCCUACCCCCUCUUCACAAACGAUGGCUGCAUAUGGGCAGACACAGUUUACGACGGGGAUGCAACAAGCUACAGCUUAUGCCACCUACCCCCAGCCUGGUCAACCUUAUGGAAUCCCUUCAUAUGGUGCAUUGUGGGCAGGCAUCAAGACAGAAGGUGGAUUGGCUCAGUCACAAUCACCUGGACAGACAGGAUUUCUAAGCUACGGUGCCAGCUUUAGCACUCCUCAGCCUGGACAGGCUCCUUAUAGCUACCAGAUGCAAGGCAGCAGUUUUACAACAUCAUCAGGAAUAUAUGCAGGAAAUAAUUCACUCACAAACUCUACUGGAUUUAAUAGUUCACAGCAGGAAUAUCCCUCUUAUCCCAGUUUUGGCCAGGGCCAGUAUGCACAGUAUUAUAAUAGCUCACCAUAUCCUUCACAUUACAUGACAAACAGCAACACCAGCCCAACAACACCGUCUACAAAUGCAACAUACCAGCUUCAAGAACCACCAUCUGGCAUCACCAGUCAAGCAGUUACAGAUCCUGCAGCAGCAGAAUAUAGUACAAUCCACAGUCCAUCAACACCCAUUAAAGACUCAGAUUCAGACAGAUUGCGCCGUAGUUCAGAUGGGAAAUCACGUGGACGUGGCAGAAGAAACAACAAUCCUUCCCCACCACCUGACUCUGAUCUGGAGAGAGUAUUCAUAUGGGAUUUGGAUGAGACAAUCAUCAUUUUCCAUUCCUUGCUUACAGGGUCCUAUGCCAACAGAUAUGGAAGGGAUCCACCCACCUCUGUGUCUCUUGGACUUCGAAUGGAAGAGAUGAUUUUCAAUUUGGCAGACACGCAUCUGUUCUUUAAUGAUUUAGAAGAAUGCGACCAGGUUCACAUUGAUGACGUGUCUUCAGAUGACAACGGGCAAGAUUUAAGCACCUAUAACUUUGGAACAGACGGCUUUCCUGCUGCCGCCACCAGCGCGAAUUUGUGCCUCGCCACAGGGGUGCGUGGAGGAGUGGACUGGAUGCGAAAAUUGGCUUUCCGCUACAGACGAGUAAAAGAAAUAUACAAUACCUACAAAAAUAAUGUUGGAGGUCUUCUUGGUCCAGCAAAAAGAGAGGCUUGGUUACAACUAAGAGCAGAAAUCGAAGCUUUGACGGAUUCUUGGUUAACACUUGCACUGAAAGCACUCACCCUUAUUCAUUCGAGGACAAACUGUGUGAACAUUCUUGUAACAACUACUCAGCUAAUUCCAGCUCUGGCAAAAGUCUUGUUGUAUGGACUAGGAGUUGUAUUUCCCAUAGAGAAUAUUUACAGUGCAACUAAAAUAGGAAAGGAAAGUUGUUUUGAGCGAAUAAUUCAAAGAUUUGGAAGAAAAGUAGUGUAUGUUGUUAUAGGGGAUGGUGUUGAAGAAGAACAAGGUGCAAAAAAGCAUGCUAUGCCAUUUUGGAGGAUCUCAAGCCACUCUGACCUUAUGGCCCUUCACCAUGCCUUGGAACUGGAGUACUUGUAGCAGCUCAACAGCACUUUGAAACCCCAGAGCCUCCUUCUGCCCGUGGACAGGAUGCCUGUGUCUUGUGUCAGCAUUGGACUACAGAACUUUGUGAUUUCAAGAUGUUGACGUACAGCUGCAAUUGGUCUUAACCCUUGCCCUUUCUGUAAAUGGAGGAGCAUGUCUUUUUCUUCAGAACAGCUGUUGACUCUGGUACAACAAAAUAAGCCAUGCAAAUAUUCGUCAAACAACUCAUCUUUACCGUAUUUGCUACCAAAAAGAAAUAGAGGAGGAAAA